AUGGAUCAACAGUAUGAUGGAAAGGAACCCUCUUCAAAAACAGAAGAGAAAGAAGAAUCAGGGAGGGAAAAACAUGAAAGAAGUUCCUCAACAACAAAAACUAUUGGGGUGCCUAAAAGAUAUAUAAUGUUACUGAUGAUAUUUGUCGGUUUCGUUAAUAUCUAUGCUAUGAGAGUUAACUUGAACGUAGCUUUGGUGGCGAUGGUUAACAAUCAGACAAUCAUUCAAGGCGGCGUUAAGAUAAUAAAGGUAUGCUAGCUUAACUCCUCGCCAACGCUAAGUGGGAUUAAAUUGGAAAAAGGUUAAAUUUCUGACUUUAUGAAAAACUGAUUUUUCACUUUUUUACUGUAAAUGUCUGUCGCCUCGGUCUCUUUACACUGCCGUAGCCCCCCAAAAAUAUGGCUGUGGCAAUGUCCAUGGUUAAAUUCUCUUCCAGGGUAUGGGUGUAUAGGGUGUAUGAUGGGCGCAUAGAUGAAUGGCACCAGGUAUUCAACCUCAUGAGAGCGCUAAAGCGCACAAACUGAUCGAAAGAGGGUUAGAGACGCUCGUUAUCACAACGGGCUACUCAGACCGGCCUUGUAUGAGCAUUUAUUUUUGUUUUCGUUAAUUUAAUUAUUUAUUUCCUAUAAGUGUUUUGUGUACUUCUCCCUUGCAAAAGAAUUGACUGAGGCAACUGCCUCGUUUUGCAUCAUACUGUUGACUACGGCCUUGUCUUUGGAUUUAACGCCUGUAUCUCUAGGAAAUCAUUUUGCCGUUACAGGAUGUCGUUUCUUUUGGGACACUUGUUACUUUCAGGCCUUACUUUCGGGAUGGUUGUGGCCGGCUUCACGAGGGGUUGUUUCUUUAGGUCAUUUGAUAACUAAACGUCUCUACGGUUAGGGCAACUCUCCGGCGAGCGUCAGUACUCUAUCGGCAGGUUACAAUCACAAUCUUGAAUUGUGUUGUUUGCAUUCUCUAAUAACGCAAUCACCGGAUCUUUUUAAAACACUGAUAGCGGUAUGCUAAGGCUGUAUGAAUGAUAUGAUUCAAAGUAUAAAACAGUAUGGCAUAGAAGUAUGGUGUUUUGGGCUAGAGGAAGGAUUUGACAAAAAUAUUUCACCCUAACUCAAUCAGUAGUUUCUUUAUUUUACAGCCAGCGGAGUUUGACUGGAACUCGAAACUCCAAGGUAGGAUAUUUUGAGCUCAACUGUAGCCGUUAAGUUAAACUGCUUAACUGAAUAAAAAAAUGACUUUAAAGCCGCAGUCAGAUUUAUACGCCCAGAAGUGUUAAGGUCCAUUUACACAAAAGCUUAAACAUGUUUUUAAACAUGUUUAAGCACAGUUUUUUUUUAUCGACUGCAAAUUAAGUGCAAACAUGUUUAAGCACAGUUUUUUUUUUAUAUCGACUGCAAAUUAAGUGCAACAUAACCUGUUAAAAUUCAUUUGAAUUUUCCGAAAAGGCUGUGUUCUAUUUUUCUGUCUCUGUAUUUCAUUUUCUCUCUAAUUAAACCACAGGUAGCCCAAGCUCGAAAUAUGAGCAUCGGCGAGCAUCGGCAUUGUUGCGUAACAUUCAAAAUAUAAGGAUUUGUAUGGGAAAAAAACCUCUCGUUUCUGUAACCUACGAAAAUGAAAGGAUUUCAAUAAAAAACAGCUUACUUUACUUAAAAUGUGUGUUACGUCUCUCCUGUGUGGUCCACGGGCCGAUUUAUGGCUGUUUUAUGGGUUUUUAUGUAAACGGUUUUCUAGGCUAUACCUUUAUAUAGAGAGAAAACCGUUUACAUAAAAACCCAUAAAACAGCCAUAAAUCGGCCCGUGGACCACACAGGAGAGACGUAACACAUAUUUUAAGUAAAGUAAGCUGUUUUUUAUUGAAAUCCUUUCAUUUUCGUAGGUUACAGAAACGAUAGGUUUUUUCCCUAUACAAAUCCUUAUAUUCUGAAUGUUACGCAACAAUGCCGAUGCUCGCCGAUGCUCAUAUUUCGAGCUUGGGCUACCUGUGGGUAAACCCGUAGGGAGGGAGGGUGCGACGGGUGCGUUCGCACCCCAAAUUAGGCCCCAGAGGUCCACUUUUCUGUUGACCAACGAUUUAAACCAAAGUGGAUUAAUGAUAUUUUUCGAUUGUUAUUCACUGAUCGUGUAGCACACUUAAAAAGACUGUGAAAAAGCAAGAGCCAUAUUACGGCUCUUGGAAAAAGUUAACAAACUUCACGCUUUUUUCAUAAAACGUGUUUUAGACGUUCGCGUAAAAGUUUAACAGAGGAUUUGGUAUGCCUGCAAGGCAUUUACCGUUGCUAAUACGUCGCUUACUCCUCCAUUUUUUCCUUAAUGAGUAAAGUCCCAACAAUUUUGACUUGUGAGACCAGUCCCAGACAAAAUUAGUUGGAACACUUAAACCAAACGCUGUUUUUUCCCUUCUCCCAAUCUUCUUUUUUAUCGCGAUUCAGUCACCAAAUCGUGUACACCAACAUUGAGUGGGCGAGAAGAGACGAAAGUAUCCCAACAAUUUUGACUGAGACUAUAGCUAGGAAGCAGCAUUACUUUAUAUUUAACUUUGGGGUGCCAAGGGGUGGAUCUUGCAUCCCUUUUUCUUGAAGGAGAUGAAAGUAGGCACUGUUCCUUUUUUGUGCGGCCCUUUGUCUUUGAGGAUAGCUUAAAAUAUCUGCUGUUAUCUGUGACCAAAAGGUAGUAUUUGCGGCGCAAGAGAGGCUCUCUUCACCACCUCUUAUACACGUCCACCAUUUAACAUACAUUGGCUUUGAAAGAAGUUCUUGAUUUGUUUCUAACAAACACCUAAGGAAGCUUGAGCUUAGCACACUAUUGAAAAAUCAUGAUGAUGCAAAGAUCUUGCUGCAAACCUAGCGAAUGAUCGGAUUAAAUAGUGCCAUCCCGCAUUGUUCAUUUUACAUAAAAGGAAAAUAAAGUAUACCAUUUAAAACAAAAUGCUUUUGAAGAUUUAAAGUAUGAGAAUGUAGUCUCAGACAACUUCCCCCCCAUAGACUUGUGCCUUUGACAUCGUUUGGUCCUUCUCCUCGUUGCACUUUCGUUGCACUCCCUGUAAAAAAUCCAGAUUACGGACCUGUAUGGUGGCCGAUAACUGCCAUUCGUCAAAAGCACAUAAAUUUGUUAAUUUUAGAUCGAACUUUAAUUAUUUUGUAUUGGAAAUAAAGUGAAGGUACAAUGUAAAAACAUUUUGUUUUUUAUUGAACUGGAAAUAGAUUCUUCUUUAUUAUUAUUUUCAAAACAAAACAAAAUAUUUUUACUAUGAAAUGAAAAUAAAAAUAAAAGUGAAUAAAAGCAAAAGUAAAAAUAAUUUGUUUACGGCCGGGAACUGCCAUUCAAAACAAAAAAAAGCAAAAUUAAUUUGUUCACGGCCGGGAACUGCCAUUCAAAACAUAAAAAAGCAAAAUUAAUUUGUUCACGGCCGGGAACUGCCAUUCAAAACAGAAAAAGUAAAAUUAAUUUGUUCACGGCCGGGAACUGCCAUUCAAAUUUGGGGAGGGACUGGAACGCAGUGACGGGCAUUAUGGCGGCAUAUUUUCGAAAUGAUGGUUGGAAAGAAGACAUCGUUCUCAAAGAAGAAAUGGCUAAAUAUGUAAAACAGGGUUUUCAACGGAGAGAAAUGUUAGAAUUUUUGAAAAGGGAUUUUGCCCAAUAUGCAUGGAGCCUUCGCACUGUCUACAGACGCCUUCGUCACUUUGACAUACAGUACAAUGACAAAAAUGUGUCCCCCAUAUUGAGUCUAAUGAUUUUUGCGAAAGGGCGCCAAAUUAUCAAAGAAUCCGGGGAGUCUGGGUACGAGUACGAGAUUGUAAACAAACGCGAGCGACGCACUCCCACCAAAAGUCUCAUUUCUUUCUUUUUGAAUGGCAGUUCCCGGCCAUGGACAUAUUUAUUUUAGUUUUUUUUUAUUUGAAUGGCAGUUCCCGGCCGUGAACAAAUUAAUUUUACUUUUUUUUGUUUUGAAUGGCAGUUCCCGGCCGUGAACAAAUUAUUUUUACUUUUGCUUUUAUUCACUUUUAUUUUUAUUUUCAUUUCAUAGUAAAAAUAUUUUGUUUUGUUUUGAAAAUAAUAAUAAAGAAGAAUCUAUUUCCAGUUCAAUAAAAAACAAAAUGUUUUUACAUUGUACUUUCACUUUAUUUCCAAUACAAAAUAAUUAAAGUUCGAUCUAAAAUUAACAAAUUUAUGUGCUUUUGACGAAUGGCAGUUAUCGGCCACCAUAGACCUGAAUGGGACAUUAAACUUACCUUCUUUUGGCUGUUACGGGAAUUCCGGUAGGUUGUUCUUCUCCUGGGAAUUAGAAAUAAAUUUUCGUUGUGUCGAUUUUGUUCAGCACAUUGAAGUAAGAAUUAAAGGCGUCUAUAUGGCUUGCGGAGUUUAUAAAAUCCUUGCUGGGGUUGAUGAGAAACCUGUCUCCUCCUCAGGCGCUUCGUUUUUUUUUCACAGAGGCAAGUGACUGGUGACGAAGCGCAAGGCACGAAGGAAGGUUGUUGCUCAGUCAAGAGAGGCUGCCGUUUUAUCCUUCCCGCCUUCCUUUGCGCGCAAUUUUCAUCGAGAGAGAGACAUCAGGGUACGAGACAGAUGUGAGACGAAGUCGGAAACUCACUUUUGUUGAAAUGAUGUCCGCAUGACUCGGUUCUUUGCAAGUUUACCACCGAAAACGUCUGUCAUUGAAAAGAAAUUAAAAAAAUCUUAUUUUUAGGCGAUACAGGUACUAACACGUCUUUUUUGUCUUGUUCAUUUGUUAUUAGGUCUUGUUCUUGGCUCGUUUUUUUACGGUUAUUGGGUGUUGCAGAUUCCAGGAGCCUGGGUUGCCCUUAAAAUCGGUGGUACCCGCGUAUUUGGUUAUGGUGUGUUACUUACUUCAUUGUUAGCCAUCCUUACUCCGAUUGCAGCCAGAUAUCAUGUAAUGGCCCUUGUGGGUGUGCGAAUUUUCCAGGGACUAUUCUUGGUAAGCUGCAGCAUUUCUGGGUAGGUAGAUUUUAAGUUCAGGUCAGUGUAUGUUGAAAUUUUUGGCAAUGCCCUAAUUUCUUUCUCUUCAGGGUGUCACAUUUCCCUGUAAUCAUGCAAUCUGGAGCAAGUGGGCCCCGCCAUUGGAACGUAGCAGUUUAAUAACAAUAUCCAUAGCAGGUAAUCAUUGGAAGGUAACGGUUGGCUUAAUGAUUACCAAGGAAAUAUGUUGAUGUAUCUUUUAAUUAGCGGCGGUUUACUGGCCGUGGUUUUUUACGGGACAUGCUAACUCUUCAUUCUGCUGCCAAACUUCCGUAUAGAAAGUCAGAGAAAUUUUUCGUUCCUUCUCCAGAAAAGGGCCCCUGUCUAAAAAGUCAGGGAAAGAUAUGAAAUUGCGGGUAAAAUUUUGAGUCAGUGAGAAGCUCACAUUACAAGAUCUAGAGGCAAUGCAACCAUUACCUCUAAACUAAGCUUACAAUAGGAUAUAACAUAAUAAUAAUUUCGAUCCUCCAUACGCAUGUUAUAGGCUUUUGGCUAUUAGUUGGUACUUAUAAACGACUCCCUCUAUUUUGCAGGUUGUCCAUUUGGAAACAUAGUUGCAAUUCCGCUCACAGGGGUGUUGUCCAAAUAUGGAUUUGAUGGCGGCUGGCCAUCUGUGUUUUACUGUAUAGGUAAUUAUGUUUCUUCAUUCAGAUCCCGAUAAAGGAAAAUAUUAUCAAGCUGUUGCUUAGCGGGGCAGAGUCCUUUAAAACUUACUUUUAAACCGCUUUUUUAGAUAUCCAAAGGUCUGUAUAAUUUUCAAAAUACUGCUUGAUUUUGCUAGCAAAGAAUAAGGGGAUACACGGAAUUAUUUUGCGAAAGGUGUUUGAUACGCCAAGUGGCAAGGAUUAACUGAAGGUUCGAGACCAGAUUCCCGGCUUCUUUCUCUCUUUUUCAUUGAGUAAUCAGUCUUACCUCAAGGUACAGUGCUCAUUUAAGACCACUGACUGAUUUAAGCACAUGAUUGACCACCUUGAUUGAAAUAGCCUGUAUGUGUUGCAGGAGUAUCUGGCAUAGUGUGGUACUGUGCUUGGGAACUAAUUGUUCAUGAGUCCCCAUCAAGUCAUCCCACUAUAUCGCAAGUAGAGAGGAAUUUUAUCGAGACUAGCAUUAAAGGAUCCGAAGAUAAAGUUGAGGUAAGAUACUUGCCUGAAGAGUAAUAUCAAUUAUAACAGUUCUUUGAUCUUGUAUCUGUACUCUGUGUGAUAUUGGUAGUGAUAGCGGGAUAUGCAGGACUGAAAUCUUUCAAUAAAAUCACCAGGAAAUUUUGACGGCUAAUCAAGUAUAAAGAAGCAGUUAACAGAAACUUUCCUAUACUAGAAAACAUCAUCGUCUGUCGAAAUGGGGGUUUUGAUGGGUCCAUUUAACUUCUUUGCAGUUUGAUGCACUUCCUUGGUCAGACAUUUUGUCUUCAUCUUCCGUCUGGGCCAUCGUGUUCGGUCAUUUUGGUGCUUGCUGGGGAUAUUACACCCUUUUUACUGGGAUGCCAACUUAUUUUAAAGAUGUACUAGAUUUUGACAUAGAGCAGGUGAGUUAUGUGUUAAAAUUAGCCACACAAGAAAUAUAUAAUUAUAAUUAUAUGCUCAAGGAGAAAUCGGCCCAUCCUAUCAGAAGCUCUAUGUACACAUAUCUAGGUCUAUUCUACUUGCAGACUGGGUUCUUGGCAGCCUGUCCAUAUUUGUUUAAAGCCAUACUGGGACCUUUAGGUGGAAUAACAGCUGACAUGCUCAUUAGAUACAAGAUGUGUACUGUUGGUAGAGUACGGAAAGUUUUCUACGCUGCAGGUGAGAAAGGAAAUAUUAAAUUUACUUGUCUUUACCCCAUCAUUCUGCAGUAAAACUAAUCCAGUUCAAAUUUCCUUUAAAAGCUGUUCAAUCCUGUGGAACAGGUUGUGAGAUACCUGAAUCAAAACGUUUUACGACAGACGUUUGUACUGUUUAUGCAUUUCUGUAAUACAAACACUGUCCAUAUCGGUCUUCGCCACUGAACAACGCAUGUCCUUUAAAAUGCGACGUGUAAGGUGUACUCGAAGAAUCAUAAAUACAACUUGAAAUACAAAAAGAGCUAAUUAACAAAAGAAACUAACAGUUUGAAAAAUUGCAAUGAAAUUGGACUUUCAGUGAAAUUUCCUUUUGCUGGUGUUAACCACCAGUUUAGUAUGCAUUUGGAAACCUUCUAUUAGCAUGAUCUUGUACCCACCGCAAAGAAAACUAUUAGAAGAGCAAAAAUGUUCUUUUAAUCCGCUUAACUGUGACAGCCAGUAAAACACGUUGUAAUUAUUGAUUUGUUACAAGGAUGAAAUCCGUGCCCAGAAGGGAACAAAUCUGCUUUUAUGAAUAAGUUAAUACAAUAAUAAAAAGGACUCGAAUAAGUCUUAAACAGUAAAUCGCAUUUAGUCAUUGAGGGGAGAUUAUUUUCAAGAGCUUUAAAGGUUGUCAAUAGGCGUUUGCACGAUGAUGUCAGUUUACUACGACUACGACCAGAACCCUUCAUGGUUUUGCUUUCUUGAGCAAAUUAGCGUUUUCGUUAUUUAAAGCUCGCUGGGAUUACCAAAAACAUGAAAAGAAAAACGAAAAGAAUUCUGGUCUUAGUCGUAAAAUGAUGACGCCAUCGUGCAAAUGGCCUGCAUGCUCUGAAGUCAUGCUUUAAUAAGCUUGAGGCCCCCCCAGAAAACUCUCCAGUGAUCACUUUUAAUAAAAAGAUUUUUAUUCAUUUACAAUGUUGCAGUAUAUGAGGUCGCCAUUUUUGGUAUUUGCUUUAUUGACAAUUAUUUGUAUUAAAUCUUAUUAAAAUGGCUCCAACGGACUAGACUGCUCGAAGACCAAAUCCAUGUACUUGUUUGUUGUGCCAAUAGGUUGCCUUGCAGCUGGAGUAUUCAUAGUAGCAACAGGCUAUACACAGCAGCGCAGGACAAGUGUAAUAUUUCUAGUGUUGGGAGUGGGUUUCUCAGGUCUGAACGCUAUUGGUUACGCUGUCAAUCAUUUGGAUAUCGCUCCACCAUUUGCUGGUAUUCUCAUGGGCCUCACCAAUACAUUUGCGUCAACGCCUGGUUUUAUAAGUCCCCAAAUAACAGGAUUUGUCACAUCACACAAAGUAAGUUCUCGUUAAUUGCCAUCGAACUCUUCAUUGAUAAAUUCAUUGAUAGAGCAUCUGAAUGACGAACACUGGAAUUUUAGCUCAAAAGUUCAAGAUAUUUUGUCAGGCAGACAAUCAGGAGCAAGCUCUUUAUGAGUUUAUGUACUUCGCGCGCAAACUAGUUUUUCGAAACAUUUUGUCAUUCAUAGAAACUUUUUUAGUACCUGAAAGAAUGAAAAUUAAUUAAAGGCCACGUGCUACAUACCUAGUUAUUUGAAGAUGAUGCGAACUGCGGAAAUACAAAUUUUAAAUGAAGAUAUGAUUGUCGCAGUAGUAAUUGCAAUUUAAGAAAUUGCAAAUAAACCCGAAAAAAAAUUUCGGGACUUCAACGGGAUUCGAACCCAUUGCCUCAGUGUUAGCGCUGCAGUGUUAUACCAUUUGAGCUAUGAAGACCCAUACAUUGGAAGGAGGCCAAUAUUGAAUUUGUUGAGUUCAUCUUAACCCAUGAAAAGAAUGAAACAUGAAGAUGAUGUGAACUGCGGAAAUACAAAUUUCAUAUGAAGAUAUGACUGUGUCGCAGUAGUAAUUGUAAUUUAAGUUAUUGAAUAUGAACCCGAAAAAAAAAUUCGGGACUUCAACCUGUGUAUGUAUCAAUAGACCAGUAUCUUGGAACAGCAGAAAUGGGUUGGCUAUUUUAACCAACAAUUGAUGCACGCUCAAUACCUAAAUUAUAAUGAAGAGGAGUGACAAUUGCAAGAGUGCUGGACAAGACAUCCGCUCCAAUCAGUGGUUGGACUGACCUGUUCUCUGUAGACUCGAAUUCAGCUUUUCAAAACCAUAAAUAACAAAGAAGAUCGGAUUCCUGACAGCUGGAAAUUCAUAAUUGCCUGGUUUGUUUUAUUCUUAGACAUGUCUUUGUUAUUUUUCAAUUUAGAAACAAGAGGAGUGGCGGAUAGUAUUUUGGAUUACACUGAUUGUCUAUGUUAUCGCAGUAAUAUUCUACUCUUGGCUCGCCUCAGGAGAGCGACAGCCGUGGGCAAAACCAGGAAGACAUAAACUUACAGACGAUCAGGAAGGUUAA